AUGAUUGCGAAGGAGGAAGGCACGAGUAAAUGCCCACCACUUCCUGCUCCUUUGGAAGUCACGCUUGCUAGAGGCAGUGCUGGUCACCACGCGCACGCCGCUAGCAAGUCAAUCCGGUCUCGACUGAGUGGUUGCUGUGCAAGGUGCAGCGAGAUGGCAGCUGCAUCGAUAUGGCAGGCGGCCAACGCGACAUUACGAUCGUGCGCUGCCGCGUCGUCAGAACUACCUCAGAAAGUUAAGAAUUUACCAGAGAUGUACGCUGAAUACGUCGCGUCAAACGCACAGUCUGUUGGCCAGGUCGAAAGCACAUUACGAUCCUUGACCUAUCUUCUGCCCGGUGCACGACUCAACGACUCGGAACUGCCUGCGGAGUCUGUUCACACUUUCGUGCAAUUGCUCUCCAUAUACCACGACCACCUCCUGAAAAAGCGUGCCAAAGAAGCCGCUUCCAAAUCCUCCUCGUCGGAGAGCGUUAAAGUCAGACCCUCUCGCCAUGCCAGAUAUACUAUGUUCUGGGCCGACUCAUCUACACUAUACGAAAAAGUAGCGACUAUCUUGAAGGUUGUGCAAUACACCGAAUUGCUAUGUGAGAUGACGGCUCGAAAGAGAGGCGGCGAGCGCUCUCGAUGGCGUGUCGUCGUCUUCCUCGAGUCCUUCAAGGCUCUUCUGCGCAUGAUUCUACUGCGAUUGACCAACUCUCGUCCUGUCGUCACCCCACCACUCCCACUCCGAGAUGACUUUGCUCCUGCUGAUCAGAAAGGAGAUUUGUCGACGGAGGUCCUCUCGGAAGACGACCUGAAACUGCUCGAUCCUAUUCCGUUCGAGCCCAGAGAGGCUUUCAGCGAGACUGGAAUUCUCACUCCUCCUAUGUCCGACUCUGACAAAAUUUCAAUACAUCACAAUCCAGCUGAUCCCUUUCUACUACCGAGGACUGGCUUUACUAUGCCUUCUAUGCCAUCGCCGGAUUAUGUGUCUUCCUAUCUCUUCGAGCAUAUCAUCACUCCUGACGAUAUCAAGCCCGUCAAACAGCUUGUUCAUCGUCUCACUUCUUUCCAAGGACAAGCCGCGGAAGUUCUGUACAUAUUGCGCCCACUUAUCUAUGCCAUUUUAGUGCAACGAUUAGCUCGGCAAUAUGGCUACGAAGGCUCAAAAUGGAAGCGAAACUGGUCACCCUGGCUGAUCGGCCUGACAGUUGAAUACUUUGCCCGACAACUUGCAAAGCAUGAUCUGGCCUCGAGAGUUCCAGGAGCACGAAACGGGCUGUCGGCUCUUGAACGGGAUGAAUUCACCAAGCGAGGUUGGAACAUAGCUUGGUGGGGGAUGCGAGGUGCUUUCUACGAAAACGUCACAAAACGUGCCGUUAUGAAGGUUUCUGGUGGUCUGAAAGGCAAACCGUUGCUAGACCUGGUUGGUGGAGUGAUAGAGGACUACGAGUACCUAUGGGGUAACUACUGGUUCAGUACAUCCACCAUGUAA